UUAAGCGGUGUCGGUGACUUCACGCUUUAAAAAAAAAAAAAAAAAAAUCAGUUUCUGGAGGGUGUCUCUGCUUUGGACAAUCAUCGGACCCACGUGACGUCACGUUAGCUCUUCAAUCAUACCAGGCGACAUUGGGACGUGGACGUGCGGUCGAUGCGUCGUUUGUAGCUCCACCAGCCGCGGCGGGCUCCUGGGCAGACAAAGCGCGGCGCGGACCUCAGUGCGAGGAAGGGGGUGUUGGUGGAGAGCAGGGCCGAUUUACGUUGGGCGUGGUAGACUGAAGGAAAAGUCGUCUUUGCUUCCAAGCUAAAGUUUAAAGAAAGUAGCGGUAGCCAUGUCACUGUCGGUACCGCAAAACGGCGUAAAGGCGGACAACGAGCCUGUUAUCGAGCUGUUUGUCAAGGCAGGAAGUGAUGGGGAGAGCAUUGGAAACUGUCCCUUCUCCCAACGGCUGUUUAUGAUUCUGUGGCUUAAAGGAGUCGUCUUCAAUGUGACGACCGUGGACCUCAAGAGGAAGCCUGCAGAUCUGCAGAACCUUGCUCCAGGUACGCAUCCUCCCUUUGUCACCUUUAACGGUGAGGUGAAAACAGAUGUCAACAAGAUCGAGGAAUUUCUUGAGGACAUCCUUUGCCCGCCCAAGUACCUCAAACUUGGCGCGAGACACCCAGAGUCAAACACAGCUGGUAUGGAUAUCUUUGCCAAGUUUUCAGCCUUCAUUAAGAACUCCAAACCCGAUGCAAACGAAGCUCUGGAACGCGGACUGCUGAAGACCCUGCAGAAGCUGGAUGAAUAUCUUCGCUCUCCUUUGCCUGAUGAGAUUGAUCACAACAGCAUGGAGGAUGUGAAAGUUUCCACCCGCAAAUUCUUGGAUGGAGAGCAAAUGACCCUGGCUGACUGCAAUUUGCUGCCAAAGCUGCAUAUUGUCAAGGUGGUGGCCAAGAAAUACAGAGGUUUUGACAUCCCCAAAGAGAUGACGGCCAUUUGGAAGUACCUGAACAACGCCUACACCCGUGAAGAGUUCACCAACACCUGUCCCAGCGACAAGGAGAUCGAGAUUGCAUACGCCGAUGUAGCCAAGAGGCUUGUCAAAUAAGCUCAUAUCUCGAACCACCUCCCCGGGUGCUGCUACACUCCGCUGCGCACCACAUGGACUAAAGUGCUAACACCUGAGAAAGAAUAACUUUACUUAUCUCCCCCCCUUUCCCAACUUCAAUAUGUUAGUAGUUCAUUCAGCAAAUGUUUCAUUUUUUUAACAUGAAUUGCUUCUGUUUUUUGGUUUGUUGAGAAAUUAUGAGGCAGUACCUACCACCUUGAAACAGCCAACCCAUUGUUAUCAGUGCUUAUUGAAUUCAGGAUGUGGUUCACUCUAAGUGACCUUCAAAGUAACCUUCUCUCUGUAUGCAGAGGAAAGGCAGUGUUUGUUUGUUUGAUUGCAAAACCGUCAUAAAAUGAACUCUAAGAAGCAUUUUUUCCCCUGUCUUUUGGAUCGUGAAAAGUGUUUAGUCUUUCAGUGUUUUUGACCGAAACUAAUCCAAACCUGUGUAAUCUAAUUGAUCUGCUAAAUCAGAUUUUAUAAUUCCAGGUAGCUGAUAUCCAAAUAAUUUUUUUUUUAUUUUUUUUAUGUUGAUCUCUGCAGGCAAAUCCUCUCAGGAACAGUAAGAACCUGAGUGCUAAGGUUUCCAUGCAGAUAUGUAGCUUACAAAUUGAUGUCCGCUCAUGCCUUGUAUGAUUCACCACAUUGCCAUGGAGAGAAAUUGUCCACUGAAACAGCAACACCAAAAAGCGCUUGCUUAGCAGGUUUCUGAAGCAAAGCGUUCAGCUGGAGUAGCAGUGCAGCUCAUGGAAAAGGGGCACGUUCAUAUUUUCUAGCUGUGGAAGAUUACUCCCGUCAUGCAAACAAGUGAAGUAGAAAACGUAAAGACACCAAGCGGUGUUCAAGGUGACAAGCUAUUUAUGAUGCAAAAAAGAAUCAAGCGGAAUGGCAUCAAAAUAUCUUUGGUCUGUUUAGUAAUCUUGAAGUAGUGAAUGUAUUGAUCACGGUAGCUCAAAAAGUGCUUUAGCCUAUAGUACGGAAAAGCAAAACAUUUAUUUUCUCCUACAUUUUUGUUAGCAGACAAAUUUGAUUAAAGGAAUUGUAAAUAUUGCUUGAUUGCUCAAGUUUCAGUAUGUACAUUUUAUACAUUGCAUGGUCACAGUUUUGGGAAAAAAAAGGCCAUUCAUAUCUGCUCAGAUUUUAAUUUUAGAUGAGCUUUCAUUUCUUUGCCUUAUUCUCUUUGAAGGAUAAUUUUAAUUCAGUGUUUGCUGUUGCAUCAAGAUAUCAAAGUUGUGCUGUUUUGUUUUCAUUUUUUUCCCCAAUUACCAAAUUUAAAUAAACGUAUUGGCCGUGUAUGA